CCUUCUGGCUGAUUUUGGGGUUUCAAUUUCAAAUAGAAUUUUGGGAAGGGAAGGGAAAGUAAGGAGGGAAGGAGAAUGAUACUUAGAACUCCACCGCCACCGAAGAGGCCACGCGCCGACGCCGACGCCAAUCAACAGCUGGCCAUCUAUGAGGACCCGCCGGAGUCAUCUCAGGAACCCUCGGCUUCCGACCACAUGCUCUGCACCUAUCAGUGUCGCCAAAUGGUCAAGUCGGAUUUUAUUGAUGCCUUAAGCAGAGCUGAAAGUCAAGCUCGUGAUUAUCAAUCUAGACUGGAGACAUUGGAGGAUAAUUUCCACAAAGUUGAAUCUGAGAGGAACAAAUUUCUGGACCAAUUCCUAUACGCCGAGCAGGAACUUGCAGCUGCCAAAGGGCGCGAAAAGGCACUCCAAGACCAACUUAAGAAGGAGGUUACUGAGUCUCAAGAACGAUUUAGAAAACAAAUCCAAUUGAACAGUGAACUCCAGGUUAAGCUCCAAAAUGAGACAAACCUUCGCAUAAAAGCUGAGUCUCAUGCUGCUUCAGCAGAGGAGAAAGCAACGUCUUUAGAAGGAAAGCUAGGCCAUCUCUCAGAAGGUACAGAGAGGGAGAAAAAGCGACUUCAUGAUGAGCUUUCACUGCUGAAAAGCGACUCAAAGUUAUCUAUUUCUAGAAUAUCUGCAAAUCUUGAACAAAUGGAAUACCGAGCUAAUAAUGCUGAGAGAGAAGCAGAGCUGCUAAAGGAACAACUGAAACAUCUCAGGGAUCAACUUAAUGAGUGUUUGCACCAGAAGACUGAAGUUGAAAAAAAAGUAUCUAUUUUAAUGUUUCAAGAAGGUGCUUCUACAGAGAGUAAUGUUUUAGUUAAACAUUUGCAAGAAGAACUUCGGAACUAUGAAUCUGAAGUAAGGGAAGCAAGAAAACUAAGAUCAAGUCAUGAGAACAUUGAGCUUUUGAAGGAGAAAUUGUUGGAGGAAAAGAGUCACCGAGAAAGGGCAGAAUCGGAGCUAUUCAAGUUACAAGAUGUGCAAUUGAAUAUGAAAAAGUUAGAGGAUCAAAUAACAUCGUGGAGAAUUAUGAUUAAAGACAUACCUGGUGUCUCAUGUUUUGAGGACUUGCCUGAUAAAUUUGCAGCUUUACAGAAAGAGGUCAUUUACAACACACAGAAGGAGGGUGAGAUAACUGCUCGCUUGAAACAACUGGAGGUGGCUCUGGAUGCUGCUGAGAUCGGUAAACAAAAUGCUGAAGCUGAGGUUGUGAUGGCUAAAGAGAAAGCAGGAGUAUUAAAAUCAGAAAUCAAACAAAUUGAAUUAAUGCUUGCUGUUGUUACGGAGGAAAGAAAUAAAUUAAGAAAUGUUUCCAAUUUGAAGAAUGAUGAAGCUCUGGAUGCUUCAAAAAAUGCAAAUUCUGUUCAGGAAGAUGAAUCUUCUCUUAUGAAGAAAGGUGACUGCAUUAAAGAAUUAGAAAGCACCUUGCAUGACCAGAGAGUGGUUAAUAAUCGUCAAUUUGAGGAAAUAAAGUUACUUAAUGAAAAGUUGCACAAUGAAGCAAGAAGAGUGAAGUCAUUGGAGAGGGAGAGUGACCGGCUCCGGUCAGAGAUUUCAUUAUUAGAGUCAAAGUUAGGUCAUGGUGAUUUUUCUGCUGCUAAUACAAAAGUUCUGCGGAUGGUGAAUACACUUACUGUUGAUAAUGAGGCCAAACAAACCAUAGAGGCACUGCAAACUGAGCUGCAAAAAACAAAAGAGAAAUUAAGAGCAGUGGAAGAAUUGAAGAGUCAAUCAGGGGAAUCUGGAAAGCUGGUAGAUAGCUACAUAUCGGAUAAGAUAUUACAAUUAAAAGAGCAAAUUGCAACACUUGAGAAGCGAGAAGAAAGAUACAAGACUGUCUUUGCAGACAGAAUUUCAGUCUUCCGGAGGGCAUGUUGCGAGCUUUUUGGUUACAAGAUUGUUAUGGAUGAACACCAGCGUUCAAAUGGAAUCCCGGUGACACGAUUUACCUUGCAAUCCAUUUAUGCACAAAGUGAUGACGAGAAGCUUGAAUUUGAAUAUGAAUCAGGGAAUACUAACAUUUUGGAAAAUCAUUAUACAUCACAGCCCGAGGUUUCUCGUCAGGUUGAGAUAUUCAUUCGGAAGAUGAAUUCAAUCCCUGCUUUCACUGCCAACAUAACGGUGGAGUCUUUCAAUAGAAGAACCCUGUCUUAAAUUGAACUAACUUGUGUAGGCUGGACUGUCUAAGUGCUGAUAUUUUUUGCGGCAACUCAGUUAUGUUGUAUAUAUCUUGCAUCUUUAACUUCGGGAAUUUGGUCAGCCAGUAAGGUUGUCACGACUGGACACAUUUUGUAUCCUGACAUAUAUUGGUGAUGGAUGGCUUGGCUUGGAUUUGACAAAUGUCACAUUAUUAUUUUGUUAAAUAAUUGAAUAGUGGGGUGGAAUUUUGGGCGUGCAUAAUUAUGGUUUAUUUCUUUGUAAGGCUA